GCAGGCGAAAUGACGAAGUUGUGUUUUGAUUAGAAUUAUGCAAUUUUGUUGUGAAAUAACCAUGUGAUUACUAUUGCGACAUUGUUGUUAUAUUAUUAAAAAUGUCUCAUGAUACCGAUCUAUUCAUAUCAGUGCCGCGAUCGUGUAUAACAGAAUUUUACAGCAAGUACCUCAAUUUAGUAGAAACUUUUUACUAUGUCACUUUAUCGGAGAAUAAAUCAGCUGCUGCCAAAGAGAAACCUGAAUAUGUGUACUUCCAUGUAUUAUUCAACUUGAGCCCAGCGGACGGAAACUUUAAUCCACGAGAAAUCGUCGGACGUAUUCAAAAAUAUGUGGAGUCAUCCCUUGGCUGGGCAGGCGAGCGUGGCGAGGACUCCAGCUACGACUCGGAGUGCGAGGAUGAGAGCGGCCACCGCGCCGCUUCUCGCACGCCGUCGGACACUCUCGCGGCAGAGUUCGCGGAGUACGUCACGCUCGGCCCGCCGCCCCCACAGCCUAACCAGGCUAAGAUCGAGUUCGCCGUAAAGCUGGGGUACUCAGAACGCCUUGCGCGCACGGCACUCCAGCGGCUCGGGCCCGACCCGCCGCGGAACGAGCUGCUGGCGGAGCUCAUCAAGCUCGCCUCCAAACAGCCGCCGCGCCCGCUGUCGCCGUCGCCGCCCGCGGAGCCCGACCCGCCGAUAGACCGCAGCCCGCUGCGGCAUAUUGUUAUUGAUGGCAGCAAUGUUGCUAUGAGCCAUGGCAACAAGGAGGUGUUCUCGUGCCGCGGCAUCGAGAUCUGCGUGGACUGGUUCCGAGCGCGCGGCCACCGGGACAUCACCGUGUUCGUGCCCAAGUGGAGGAAAGAGGCGUCCAGACCGGACAACCCGGUCGCCGACCGGGACUCCCUCGAGAGACUCGAGAGGGACCGCGUGCUCGUGUACACGCCUAGCAGGCAGGUCGGCGGCAAACGUCUCAUCUGCUACGACGACCGUUACGUCCUCAAACUGGCCUUAGACACCGACGGCAUCGUAGUCUCCAACGACAACUACAGAGACCUCGUGGCAGAAAACCCCGGCUAUAGAAAAAUCGUCGAAGAACGGCUACUCAUGUACUCGUUCGUGAACGACCGCUUCAUGCCCCCCGACGAUCCCCUCGGUAGAUCCGGCCCGACACUAGACGCGUACCUCCGUUGCCCGCCAGCGCGGAUAGACCCGGCCCUCACGCCUCCGGCCUGCCCGUACGGCAGGAAGUGCACGUACGGCAACAAAUGCAAGUUCCAUCACCCGGAACGCGCCGGGCGGCCUCAUAAAUCCGUCGCCGAGAAAUUAUCAGAGCGUGCCGCGCGAGCGCUCAAAGCUCGCGAUCUUCACACGCUCAGUUUGCCGCCCGGCGGGCGUCCGGCUGAAAUCAAACGGCCGUUAGCGAGAGCGCACUCCGCCGCACCCAGAAUAUCUGACGCGGCACUCGCGACACACUUUGAUCGAGCCCAGAUGCUUCCGGGGCCUUCCCAGCCGGACACCAAUCCCCAUCGUAAGCUCGCGCGCCAGUUGACUCUGAAUCCCGCCUGCGACCCGAGACUGCACCCGGCGGCGGCACGAGUGGCAUCCGCUCCCGUAGGCGCGGCAGCAGCUCUCAAUCCGGGGCCGAUGGUCUCCCCUUGCUCUUCUGAAGGAGCCUUACAACACUGGGAAGCCAGAAGACGCAUGCACUUCCACCUGGCGGGCAUCUUCCCCGAAGCUCAAGUGGCGGAAGCUAUGGCGACGUACCCGGAGGAGACGGACCCGCAGACCAUGUGCGCGAUCAUCCUCGCGCGCUACAGGCCCAGCGAGUCGCGGGUGCCGCCACAUUGACGCACACCGGUUUGAAUUAAUCGAUUUCGAAACGAAAUCGUAUCUACAUUCGAACUCGUUGGAUGAAUUAUGCACGCUCGACAUUCGUUCGCUCGGACAUACGUUCUAGUUGGACCGAGAAUGUUAUGUGGACGCGGAAUCUUGGUGCGACAAGCACGUGCCAAUAUCGGUUAUACUACGUCGGUAGCAUUUAUACACUUUUUACAUUCUCUGAUAUCGUUUUGGUCGUGUCCUUCUAAGAAGGUUGCGGCAUUAUUUAAAUAGUUUAAUUGUAAGUGUAGAUCCUAAGGAUGUACAAAUUCAUAAUCUGUAAGGUCCUCCAGUAAACGGCGUUAUGGAUUAUGCAAUAAUGACUAACAUCGAAGCGCGCCUUGUCAUCACAUCACUAAUAAUAUAACACUCAUCACUUCUGACAAAUUGUUAAUAUUCCAGUGAACUGUAUCACAUUGGAACUUGUUGAUUGCAAGAAUAUUGUCUUUUUAUAUGUAAUCGCAAAAGUUAAACUAGGGUGCCUA